AUGAAGAAUGUCAUGAAGAAAGUUAUCUCUCCUCUACAAGCAACAUAUGUUCCGGGGAGCCAAAUAUAUGAUAAUAUUCAUCUUGUACAAGAAAUUGUUCACACUAUGAACAAUAAAAAAGAGACAUCAAAACAUUUGGCAUUGAAGCUUGACAUGUCAAAAGCAUUCGAUAGGAUAGAAUGGUCAUUUUUUAUGGAUAUUAUUUCACGGACGGGGUUUAGCCAAGAGUGGUUUAAUCUAAUAAUGCAAUGCAUUAGCACCACUCAAAUAUUCAUUCUUCUCAAUGGAAAUCCUUGUCGUGCUUAUAAGCCAACUCGAGGAGUUAGACAAGGCGAUCCGUUAUCACCAUAUUUGUUCAUCAUUGUCAUGGAAGCUUUCUCUCGACAAUCAAUUCAUGCAGAGCAGAAUAACAAAAUACGAGAAUUUGGUGAAGCUUCUGGUCAAUCAGUAAACUUUAACAAAUCAAGUGUCUACUACAGCGUGCAUUGUCCACAGAGAUUCUGCAGAUUGCUUACAAGAAGGUUGAAGAUCCCAAAAAUGAAAUAUAACGAAAGGUAUUUAGGUCUGCCAUUGCUUAUUGGGAUUUCUGGUGGGGCUUUACCGAAAAAAGAGGUACUUAUAUCACUUUUUGGAAAAAAAGUAAUUUUGCACAAGAAUCUUGGAGGACAAGGAUUUAAAGAUUUGAAGACUCUUAAUCAAGCUCUCCUGGUUCGUGCAGCAUGGAGAAUGUGUAGUAAUCCAUAUGAGGAGUGGGUUAAAGCCAUCCAAGCAAAAUAUUUUCCUUUUACCAGCAUGAUUCAUGCAAGUUCUAAAACAAGCUGCUCAUGGGAUUGGAAGGGAGUACAAAAACAAAUUUCAUUUAUUAAAGCUGACAGUAGAUGGAGAUUUGGCAAAGGUGAUAAAAUCAAGAUAUGGCUUGAUGUAUGGGUAACAUGCAUGAAUGAACCACCAACUCCACAACAAGGGGUGACAAACAGUGAAGAUUAUAUUUGGGUUCAUGAGUUAUUAGUUCAAGAUGGAAAACAUAUGGAAUACGGCACAUGUAUUCCUUCAGAAAGUGACAGAAACAUAACAGAUAUCUUUGAAUACUGGAUGCAACUUAGUCGACAACACAGUAUAUCAACAGGAUGGUUAAAUACUGCCAUGAGUGUUUCAUGGUCUAUCUGGAAUGAAAGAUGCGAGGUUAAGUUUCAACAGAAGCAGGCCAUCCCUCAGUCAGUUGCUAGAAAAGCUACCAACUUUGCAGCUUACAUAGAAAAGCUGAAUGAAAAGCAUGAACAUAGACCAGUUGAUGAAUAUCAUACAAUAUCCUCUCCACAUUGGAAACCACCUGCAUCACCAUUUUAUGUCAUAAACUGUGACGCUUCUUAUGAUGAAACUGGUGGGGAUGCUCUACAAAAUGCUAUGCAGGAGUAA